AUGCGUCCCACAGCAAGACUACUUCAAUAUCAACACGCGCUUCGAAUCACGCUUUUCACUCGACAGAACUGCUCCUUGUGUACCAAUGCCAAGCAGAAUCUAUCUACAGUCUGGGACAAGAGACCAUUCAUUUACAAGGAAAUCGAUGUCAUGACCCCAGAAGCAAAGGGCUGGCGAGAUUUAUAUGAGUUUGAUACUCCUGUGAUUCACAUUAGUAGCUCAAAGAAGCCAGAAGAGCUUCCAUCGUUUUCAUCUCAGGCCCAGAAGCUCAUGCAUAGAUUCUCACCAGAGCAAGUGACUGAAAAGAUGGAUGCUGUCGAAGCUCGGGAAGACUGA